AUGGCUUUCAACAAGUUUGCGUUCGGGGCCAUCGCCAUGAUCAUCAUCGCCACGAUCUACAAUAUUGCCGCCUUCAUCCUUCCCAUGUGGAGCUCGAACAAGACGGUGAACUCGGCACUCGCCUCGGAGGUGUCGAACACCAACUUCAAGGCUGGUCUCUUGGGUUUCUGCGUCGACAGCGAGAUGACCAACGGCACGACGUUCGACCACUGCUUCUACUACAAGUUCGGGUCCUCGUACGACGACCUGUCGGUGCUGAAUGCCGACGUGUGGUCCAAGUACUCGUCCGAUGGUAUCUGUAAGGGAUACGGCAACGCGGGCGACGUGAGUGACGCGGAGCAGCUGGCAUACUCCUCUAUCUUGGCCACAGCCGCUGGCAUGGACGCGGAGCAGUUCGACAAGUUCCUGGACAAGUCGUGCGGUCUUGUGGGCACGGCCACGAUGACGUUCGGCGGUAUGAGUCUGUCGAACGGAGUGAUGGCGAUCAUCGCGAUGGUGGGUGCCAUCACGUGCUGCAAGGGUAACAAGAAGUGGAUCGGUGGAGGCUUCUUCCUGGCGGGCGUGGCAUGCUUCGCCGCCAUGUUGUCUUUUGUAAUGUGGGUGGUACAGUCGAAGCCUCUUGGCAAGGAGGACGACGCGUCAUUCAAGACGUCGUUCUUCCUGAUGAUCGUUGCGAUGCUGCACUACCCGGUGGCGAUGUUCAUGUUCUGGAAGUACUUGAAGCUGCAGCAGGAGGAGCAGAAGGAAUUGGACGAGGACCACACAACCUACAAGGCAGCUGAGACUCCCAAGCAUGACGAAGGCGCCCCUAUUAGCCUUGUUUAG